AUGUCAGGGAUCGACGUUUUGGGUUUGAAAGAUUCAAACCAGAUACCUUAUCAAGCGUCCCAUGCGCACCCCUAUGCAUCGUCUCUCUCCUCCUCCGCAUCCUCCUCUUCCUCGUCGGUGUUUUCUCUAGAUGGCCUCUCCACCCAGAGUUCCAUUUCAUCGACCUCUACGAACCCGGUGGAUGUGAUCUGGGAGAAUGACGGUGACUCUCAGGCGGCCAGAGGCCUGGUUCCGGCCGGCCCUGCCCGCUGCGGCUUCCGCGCCAAGAACGUGGAUGCCGCCGUUGCCCCGGAGCUGCGAAGGCACCCUCGGCGCACCAACAGCGGCCCCGUUCAAGCCAACGGCGUGCCCUGCACGCGCCCCCCGCCCGCCCUGCUCCGGCAGUCCGAGCGGAAAGUGAACUUUGUGGACAACCUUGUCGACUCCGCGUCGCAGAUCGUUGAGACCAUCUGGCCCUUGUCGGCCGCCGCGCACCGCAGUGAUGCGGCCACCGGGUGCAAGGGCGUCCUGCCGCUCCGCACCUUCAUCCAGGAGACCCUCCGCCGCUCGCGCACCAGCUACAGCACCCUGCAGGUCGCGCUGUACUACUUGAUCAAGAUCAAGUCGCACGUCCCCAGUCCCGAUGCCUCCCCGGACCAGAACGGCGGGAAGCCGGUCUGUCGGGCCAUGCAGUGUGGCCGACGCAUGUUCCUCGCCGCGUUGAUCCUCGCGUCCAAGUACCUGCAGGACCGGAACUACUCGGCCCGUGCGUGGAGCAAGAUCUCCGGCCUGAACACCGCCGAGAUCAACCAGAACGAGCUGAUGUUCCUCGGCGCCGUGAGCUGGCGGCUCCACAUCCCGGAGGCGCUCUUCCAGCGGUGGACGGACAUCGUGUUGAAGCUGACGCAGGGCGGCCUCGCCGUUGGCGGACUCACGUGGCAAUCGGCCAUCCCCCGACUCACUCCAGAGCUGGAAGGUGAGUUGGAGGCGGCCCCGGCAUCGGGCCCGCUGCCUCCGACCAGCAUGCGUAGCUACGACGCGCGCUUCUCGGAAUCUCCCUCGCCCCGUGGAACCUCCACGCGAGGCGGCGGCCCUUGCUCCGCGCCACUCGCCGCUGAGCCUUGCACUCUGCCGUCGAUCCAUGAUACCCUCGGGCUGUACCGACGGACGAGCCCCGUGGGUCUGCCAUCCAUGUCUCGACUGGACGGUUCCCAGGUGCCUCCGUCCCUGCCGCGCCCGCCGAUGCUGCCGACCCCGCAGUUGACCCCGCAGUCCAUCCUCGCUGGCACUCCUGCUGUGAGUGCGGGCGGGGUCCCCUCGCACCGACGCCACAUCUGUUCGGCUAUGUCCCAGGCGCACCACGCGGGCCUGGCGCGGUCGACCAUCGACCAGCGCCCGCCUCCGUCGAUGUAUCCUCGGGCGAAUACGUUCGAUGGGUAUCCUACCGUGCGUCGGUCGUCGUUGGCGCGGUCCAGCUCGUCGGCAUCGUCUCCGGACUCGAUGGUCUCGGAUGUGUCGACCCUGUCCUCGAGCUCGCGGUCGUCCUCGGUCUCCUCCAGCUCGGCCUCGGGGCCUGGGGCGGUGUCUCUCCCCCGCCUGGCCACCCUGCGCUGCACCAACAACUCGCUCAAGGACGGCCGCCGACCGCUGAGCGUCGUGUCGCCCAUCGACGAGAGCGUCUUCAGCGACUUCUACAACUCUCCGGAUAUCUACGGGGCGCCGCUGAGCCAUGCGCCGGACUUCUCCCGCUUUUCGCUGGGCACGCCGGUCGACCUGAGCUCGGCCCACGAAGCGGCCCAGGGCCUGUGUGAGCUGUCUGGUGCGGUGUCUCGUCCGACCACUGGCCCCAGCCAGCGACCGUGCCGGAAGCGUGGUCGCGCGGGCUCGGACGAUCUGCCGCUGCCGAACUAUAUCGCUGGCUCGCGCGGGGAGGCCCCGGUGCUCCCCAGCGGCCACGUGAUGAAUCGCUUCUUGAACUCCAAGACGCUCAGUGCAGCCCAGCUCCAGGCCCUCAACCACACCCCUCUCUCCGGUCCGGUCGGUAUGAAGCGCGCUUGCUGCGGCAGCGAGACGCAGAAGAUCGCGCUCCACCCGAGCGUGCGCGCCGAAUACUGA